UCCACUCCACUCCACCUGGGGAUGAGUCAGGAGGGCAAUGCUACCAACAACAACAGCACGGGCUGGGCUGGAUGGAAAGUGAGAAUUCCCUGGGACAGAGGCAGUGGGGAAGAAGAUGAAAGAAUUCAAAGGAGGUCACAGGACACAGCACAUGCAGAAACGGCUUGGAGCUUGAAGCUGGCAAGAAGGCCAUGUGCGGCCAGCUUUAGCAAUUUACUCUUCACCUUCUGUGCCCACCGAGCGCGUGGGAAGAGGCCCGGACCUGAACGAAUCCUCUCCCCCAGGAGCUCUCCACAGAAAGGAAUGCUAUCCAGGGGACAGAUCAGGCUCCGCCUGGGAGCAGAAGGUGGCAGCCCAGAGUUUCUGCCUCGGCUAAUUCAAGGUUUGGGCAUGCAAGGUUUGGUGAAGGAGGGAUUUGGUCCAAGGGUGAACAAGUCUGUGACUGCCCCUCACCCUGGGGGUGAGCAAGCCUGGCAUUCCCUCCCUAGAAGACUGGGGAAAUCUCCCUGGUGCCCUAGAAGGUUCUAAGAAGUCACUGGCAGCGUCCAGAAAGCUUGUGUCUCUGGGGGUACGUGCCCCCGAGAGGAGCAGGAGGCAUCUAGGAAAGGCUGCUGCUCGAGGGACUGAGCAUGAAGUCCCUGAUGGAGCAGACGACAGGUGGGGUGCAAAAGAAGCCCCAGGCGGGGUGCCUAGGCUCUGGGAGGACGCCCUGCCGAGCGCAGCGGAGAGAGGAGAAAGCAGUUUCCUUGGACGGCCGUCCCGGGGACCGGGUGAAUCUCUCCUGCGCAGGGGUCUCCCAUCCCAUCCGCUGGGUCUGGGCGCCCAGCUUCCCGGCCUGCAAGGGCCUGCCCAAAGGACGCCGCCCGAUCCUGUGGGCAUCUUCGAGCGGGACCCCCACCGUGUCUCCUGCCCAGCCCUUUGCCGGCCGCCUACGAGUCCUGGACCACCCGGGUAUCCGGCGGCUAGAGCUGCUUCUGAGCGCAGGGGACUCGGGCACCUUCAUCUGCAGGGGCCGCCACGAGGACGAGAGCCACACGGUGCUCCACGUGCUGGGGGACGCGGCCGACUGCAGGGGGUCCGGGCCCAGCCUGGGGUCCGUGUAUCCCCAGCUCCUGAUCCUACUGCUGGGCGCCGGGCUGGUGCUGGGACUAGGAGCGUUGGGUGCGGUCUGGUGGCAGCGCAGGCGCGCGCCUCCACGCCCGCCGCGGCCACUCCCCAGAUCUGCUCUGUCCCCCUCACAUAGUCCCACGAGUGAAAGCCGAGCCCCAGAGACCAGCAAAGCCCGAGGAGCCCAAGACUGCGGGGGACCUGGACCAGGAGUCGAGCCUGCUCUACGCAGACCUGGAUCGUGCGGCCCUCAGCCAGCACUGCCGGCUGUCCCCAGUGGUCCCUGCUGACUCCUCCACCAUCUAUGCGGUUGUCGUUUAAAGGAAAGCCCUGACUCCAAACUUCACAAGCUGGGGGCUCCAGCUCUCCAGAACUGCCCUCUCCCUCUUUGACUCUCCCCAGAAAAUGAAGGCACCAUAGGAUAGAAAUGAGCACUAGACUGGGAGUCAGGAGACCUGGCUUCCAGGCUGUCUCUGCCACUGAUCUUGCUCCUUCAGCUACCCCCUCCUAUGCCCUCCAUGUCUCCUUUACUACUGGUGCCCUCUCUCAAGCUCACUGAGACCGGUUUCCCAUCUCAGCCCUCCAAGAGAGUCACUCCAGCUCUUCCCUCCCUUCCAGUCAGGCUCCUUGAACCAGGGGCUACACCUGUGUCCUCCAUGUUCUUCUGCACUCUGCUCCCAUGAGGCUGCCAGUGGGGUCCUAAUGGCCACGCCCAGCAGACAUUCUUUAGCAUUCAUCUGGCUUGGCUUUUGAUUACUCCCUUCUUUAAGCUGUUUUUCUUUCUUUUUUU